AUGGUUGAGUUUAGAUACAGUCGACCUGCCGGUAACCGAGUCUAUCGUGUAGACAAUGUCCCACGCGCCGCGACUGAAGACGACAUCCGCGAUUUCUUCCAAAACCAUAUGAUCCUCGAUCAGGUUCGCGCAGCUCAUCCACGAACAGGGGCGAAUUCGAUUAACGACAAUCACGACGGUGUCGUUCGCCCUGGACUUUCUGGCCCUGAUUCAGCCUUACCUGGACGGCCUUACGGUACUCGUGGGCUUACCGAUUCGGACUUUCCAGCUCUCGGGAUCACUCGCGAAGACGAAGCACGUCGACGCGAAGAAGAAGCCGUGCGGCUCCGAGAAGCACGAGAAGCAAGAGUAAAGGAGAGCCAAGCAUUGCAAGAAGAACACGAAAAGGUCGUGCGGGAGCGUGAAGAGAAAGCUCGAAAGGAGAAAGAACUAGAAGCUCAGGCCAAAGCUCAGGUGGCGAAGAAGCGUUUAGCUCUUGCUGACCUGAUCCCACGAGUUCUCCAAAAUCUGGGUGACGUUUUGCCUCCGCAUCGCGUCCCUUCUCCUGAUCUCGAUAAUCGAGAAGAUACGCGAAACCGAGUACUCUUCAUGACCGACAUCCCGCCCGAGCUCGAUAACGAUGUAGUCAUGGCGUUUCUCCACCCGUUUCGCCCCGAAGGUAUCGAUCGUGCUGAAGUCGGAGGAAAUCGCAUGUUGUCUGGUAUUGUCUUGAUGCAAACAGCUGAGGGCCGCGACCAGGCUGUUGAGCAGCUCAAUGGCACAACACUUGCAGGCCAGAGGGUUGUCCUCCAGGCUUUCAACAAUCGCCCCCAGCUCGUCGAACCCUCCACAGGCCUCGAGCUCCUACUCCCCAUUUGGCGCUUCCCAGACCACGUCGCCUGA